GUAUUUUUCAGUUAUCGCCAACAGGUAGUUUCUCACACUGUAUUCGUGUUUUUUUCACACUAUUCAUGACAGAGUGAACAUUUCGUGUGGAUAAUGAAGACGUUUAUCUGUUUUCUUCUGCUGGUAACAGUAUCACUCGCCAGGGUAGCAAUUAAUCGAUGCGGGCCUGUGUGUCCUACUUUCUGUCUUACCGGUCACAAGGCUGAUGAAAAUGGUUGCCCAACGUGCUUUUGUAAUCAAGCUCCUGUUGAACUGACCCAGUGCCACACCAGUGGAAUGUACUGCAGGAUACUCUGUCCAAACGGAAUGGUGAAAGACAAAGACGGAUGUCCGCUGUGCCAGUGCCUUCCUUAACAUUUCCCGUGGUAAG